CAUUUAUCAGCUAAGACUUUUUUUCAACAAUUUUAAAUAACUUAUCAAUAUUUAAGUUUGUAAUCAACAGAUGACAUUGUUUUUCAGUACUAUUAUAAUAAUAUUAUAAUACAUGCUAAUAUUUUACACAAUUAAGUAGUAUGGCUUUUUGCUCUACCAUGUAACGAUGCAGUUCAAACAAUUAAUGUAUAAAGGUUUUAAAUACUAAUACUAUUAGUGCGACUACUCCCUCAUGAUGUCAAGUCUUGUGUAUACAUUGGAAAGUGUUGCUACAACAAUCACAAAUUGAACUCAAAUCUACUUCAAUGACAGGGACGAUUCCUCUUAAUUUUUGUGUGGAAAAAAAAUUAUGUGCAAUUGAAGAACGAAGAUCUGAACGAGAGCAAAGGAGAGAAUUGUUUAAGCUAACAAAUAUCGAUUAUGGAACCGGUGUUAAUGUUGAAGAAAGUAUAUCAAGCGGUGAUGAACGUAAUGUGCUUAACUCUAAAGAUUCCGAAAUGUGUGAAAGUAUUACAAUGCCAGUAAAAAAUAAACGAGGUAGGGAAGAAAUUAUGACUAGUCGUCUAGCAUCAGCUUUAGACAAACGUAAGGUUAGUGACAGGGAUGCAGUUCACUAAUUAAUAGUAUAGUGCCGAGGUAUUUAAUGUAGAUAUAAAUGACUAUGCAAUAAAUCACUCUUCGAUUAAAAGAACUUGUGAAAGUUUUUGUUACUAAAUAUCUUCCGAAAUUAGAACAGCAUUCCAUCAAUUAAACUUAAAUUCUGUAGUUGUUCACUGGGACUCAAAAAUACUUCCUAAUUUGAUAGGAACAAUAAAUGUAAACAGAUUACCAGUUAUUAUAACAGCACCAAACGAAGAACAACUUCUUGGAGUACCACAUUUGUCAUCUAGUACUAGAAAGGAAAUUUCUUCUGCAGUGUAUGACACAUUAGAAAAAGAGAUUAGAAAAAGUGCAAGCGUUUGUUUUUGAUACCACAGCAUGCAAUAGCGGCAGAUUAAAUAGAAUAUCUUAUCGGCAUCACAUGUUUGAAAUUAUUUUGCAAUCAGUUUUCUUAUACUCAAAACUUACAAUAAUGUCCGGUCCCGAAAUUUCUAUUUUUAAACUUUUAAAAAAUAACUGGAAACUAACUAAAAAAUAACUGGAAUCAAAUAGAUCAAACUAAAUUUAGUACUUGGGUAAGUGAUAAUGGGGUAAAAAAAAUAUUGCAUAAAAUAGCCGAUGAUGUUAUAUUAUUUUGUAAAGAUGCUUUAAACCAAAAUCUGCCAAGGGAUGAUUACGAAGAAUUUUUGGAAUUGGUAAUAAUUUUUUUGGAUGGCGUACCACCUAAAGGUACCUAUUAAUUUUAAACGUCCAGGAACUUAUCUAGCUAGAUGGAUGUGUAAAGGAAUAUAUUAUUUAAAAAUAUUCAUAUUUCAAGAACAAUUUAAAAUGACAAGAGCAGAAAUUUCUUUAUUGAAAACUAUGUUGUUUUAUUGUAAAAUACUAUAUAGAGUUUUGGUUUAGGUCUCCUAAUGUCAUUGAAGCCCCUUAUAAUUAUGUAAUUUUUUAAGAAAACUUGAAGACUAUAAAUCCGAUGAUAAGCAAGUGGCUGAGAUCGCUAUAAAAUAUGUAUUAAUCAUUUAUGGUAUCUUAGAGAAGAAACCUCUUGUUUUUUGAUAUUUGAUGACAGGAUUGAUAAUCUGAUAAUCUGUAAAAUAACAAAUAGCUAAAAAACUAUUAGAAAAUUACGAUCAUGAGGAUGACGAAUUUAACACAGAAAUUCAAAAAAAAUAUUUAUUAAAAAUUGACGACGUCUCACAAUUUCUAAAACAAGACUUACCACUUGAAUUAUUGACGCCUAAAUUGAAAAAUAUAUU